CCCACUCACGGCCGAUCGAUCUACCAUAUUUAUUUUCUUCCUAUUACUUCUGGCCUCCUGCGGCUCGAUCGUAUCGCUCCUUCCCGGUGGGAUGCAUGGCGCCCUCCUCAGCCUCCACCGUUGAGGUCGCCAGUGAGUCCCUCUUCGACAGUGAGGCCGUCCCCUCCUCGAUCGUCGAGGUCACACCCUACCUCCGCGUCGCCAACGAGGUCGAGGCAAGCAACCCACGCGUCGCUUACCUAUGUCGAUUCUUUGCCUUCAGGCUGGCCAACAAUCUCGACCCCACCGCCAGCGGCCGCGGUGUCCAUGAAUUCAAGACCGCGCUCCUGCAGAAGCUUGAAAUCGAGAAUGAUUCCACCUUGAAGGGAAGGGUUGAGCAGAGUGAUGCAUGCGAAAUGCGGAGUUUCUACCAGCACUACUACAAGACGUACAUCACGGCACUCCAAAAUGCCGCCGAUACAGCUGACCGUGCUCAGCUCAAAAAGGCGUAUCAGACUUCAAAUGUGUUGUUUGGGGUCCUAAAGGACGCCGUUAAUGUUUCACAGAAGAUCCAAGUUGAUCACGCCAUUCUGGAAACAAACAACCAAGUCGAGGAAAAGAAAAAGGUGUAUCUUCCUGACAGUGCUAAUCAGACUAUUAUGAAAUAUCCCAAGAUCCAAGCAGCUUUGCAUGCCCUUAGUGACACCAGGGGUCUGCCAUGGCCCAAGGGCCAUGAAAAGAAGGCUGAUGGAGAUCUUCUUGAAUGGCUUCAGGCCAUGUUUGGGUUUCAGAAAGAUAAUGUGUCCAAUCAGAGAGAACAUCUCGUACUAUUGCUUGCCAACAUGCAUAUAAGGCAGAUCUCCAAACCUGAACAACAACCAAAGUUAGAUGACCAUGUGUUGGAUACAACAAUGAACAAGCUAUUCAAGAACUACAAGAGAUGGUGCAAGUACCUUGGUCGCAAAACCGGCUUAUGGCUGCCGACAAUUCCACGAGAAGUACAACAGCGUAAGCUUCUAUAUAUGGGCCUUUAUCUGCUCAUAUGGGACGAGGCGGCUAACUUGCGAUUUAUGCCAGAGUGUCUUUGCUACCUCUUUCAUCAUAUGGCUUUUGAAUUGUACGGUGUGUUGGCUGGAAACGUGAACCCAGUAACUGGUGAAUAUGUUAGACCAUUCUAUGGUGGUGAAGAGGAAGCCUUCUUGAAGAAAGUCGUGACUCCAAUUUCCAGAAUCGUAGAAACGGACAAAGCUGAAAGGAGCGGGACAAUAAAAUCAAAACACUCACAUCGGAGAAACUAUGAUGAUCUCAAUGCGUUCUUUUGGUCAAGAGACUGUUUCCAAUUAGGAUGGCCAAUGAGAGCCGAUGCUGAAUUUUUCAAGAAGAAGAGCGACCUGUGUGAGUUGUGCUCUUCUUCCACACCACAAGUGUGUGUGCGUGUGUGCUUCAUCUUGGCCACGGUUAGGUCUUGGGUCCAACGGUCGCGGCGACGGUGGUGGUGGAGUGGAGGAGGCUUGCCAGAGCUCACGGGUCAUUGAUAGUUAGUGACGGACUAGUGAGUGAACUGCAGUAUUUGCUUGCUUGGCAAUAAAUGACCAUCACCUAUUAAUUAUUAUUGUGUGUAAUAUAGAGCUUGUAUAGUCCAUGCCCAUGUUGUACUUAUUGGACGCUUAACUUUUUAAUGAAUAUCCUUUGUGUGAAAAUAGUAGAAAAUACCAGCGACGGAGUAAAAC